UAGAGAGGUCUGUUAUUUAUAGUAGGCCGCCAUCAUCUACCUGCAUAUUAAAUCAGCUUAAUCACUUUUAGUUUCUCAGCGGAAACGUAAACGCCUUCAGCUGGAAACCUACCUGAGAUACAUGAGGUACAUGUGGCAGACAUAAAUUGUCUCCGUAUCUUUACCGUACCGGACUUACACGUUUUUCGUGUAAUCGACAGUAUUGGAUUUCCUAAUCCGGAAAUUCCCCGCCUAACGGUAACGGUACCUAGUCUCCUUUUUUCCUGCCAGCCCCCAACAAUUAUUAUUGUUAUUAGUACUAGUUUUAGUAUUAUUACGGGCUGUAACCUCUACCCGCUCGGUAGCCCACGCCCCUUCGCGCCUCUUAUUUAUCAUCGCUUCUUCCCCGGAUUCUAUUCUGGUUCUUCUUACCUUCCUCCCCACUUCUCAUCCAAGACCCAAGAGUCAUAAGUUGCACUUCUCGCCCUAGGAAAGGCGUGAAGUUUGGAACACGAAAGGCAGCCCGGCGCAGCCCAUCAUCAUCAUCAUCAUCGUCACUCGCACUCCAUAUUAGCUCGACACUUACACGGGAAACAUAACCAUUCCUAUAUCUUCCGCCCACACCUCCUUAACUCCCACCCUGAACUCCUUUUCGCCAUAUACGAACCCAUACGAGCCAUACUCGAAAAAAAACCUUUGUGUUUUUUUAUCUUGCUAUCGCCCAUGUCGCGACGUAAUUCGUGUGUAUCUGACGACAACAGAAAAUCACGAAGCAGACCGGCGUCGCAAAAUAGCCACAGGUCACCACAUUCGCAACCACGCUCGCCGCAUACAUCUUCUCCUAACAAGUCCUCGCAAAAACUAGCAGGCUCACAAACACACAAUCCAUCUCCGCUCAAAAUGGUUACCACUACUACCACGACGACAACGUCACACCGCCCAGGUGACGAUACGCUUCAUUACUACCUUCCAGAAAUAAACGCGCGCGAAGUAGACGCGCAAAAGCAAGGUUGGAUGGAACCGAUCGUCAUAGACGACGACGACAUAAUGUUUGGUGGUAAGAGUCUCAGCGCGUUGUACGAGGAGGAAAGAAAGUCGCUCAGCUUCCCUGUCGAAGAGGAGCGACGAGGUCGCCAAAGAGUGCGACAACACUAUUCUACGCAACACCAUCACCAUCACCACCACCACCAUCAUCAUCAUAGUCAUCGUCACCACACAGAUUCGACGACCACAUCGGGAACCCAUGAGCAGAACAAGCAUUAGAGUGAUGGGGGGAGUAAUUGAUGAAGAAGAAUAAGAAGCAUGCGGGCCGUCGAGCGGCCCUAGUUCCCUUUCCGAGAUACCCAACACAGCAUUCGCAUACGAUCAUAUCGGCGGCUGUAGAAUUGACUUUUCGCAUAAUUACUGGAUCCCCUUGAUUCAACCGGGACCUUAUUUACGACCGACGCAUGUCAUUUACGAUCGCAUUAGAUAUACCACACUGACGCGCUUCGAACGGAUGGCUUCCAAUAGCCUCGCGAAGAUAUAACGGGUUUGUGUUUUAUUUUCCAUUAGACCAUCAUUAGACGG